GUAAUAUUUGAGGCUGAAGUCUCAGAUGGAAGAAAUGGCUACAUUGCCAUUGAUGACAUCCAGGUUCUGAGCUACCCUUGUGAUAAAUCUCCUCAUUUCUUGAGGCUGGGGGAUGUAGAGGUCAAUGCAGGUCAGAAUGCAACAUUUCAGUGCAUUGCUACAGGAAGGGAUGCAGUGAAGAACAAGUUAUGGCUGCAGAGACGCAAUGGAGAAGAUAUUCCAGUGGCCCAAACAAAAAACAUAAAUCACAGACGUUUUGCUGCUACCUUUAAACUUCAGGAAGUAACAAAAACAGAUCAGGAUUUAUAUCGUUGUGUUACUCAAUCUGAGAGAGGAUCUGGCGUUUCCAACUUUGCUCAACUUAUUGUUCGAGAACCUCCUAGACCAAUAGCUCCCCCACAGUUGCUUGGUGUUGGACCAACCUAUCUGCUCAUUCAGCUGAAUGCAAAUUCCAUUAUUGGGGAUGGACCAAUCAUCCUAAAAGAGGUGGAAUACCAUAUGACAACAGGGACCUGGACAGAAACGCAUGCUGUCAAUGCACCAACAUAUAAGCUGUGGCAUUUGGACCCAGACACAGAGUAUGAGAUUCGUGUUCUUCUAACCAGGCCUGGAGAAGGUGGCACAGGUCAGCCAGGCCCUCCACUGAUUACCCGAACCAAAUGUGCAG